CUCCAUGUAUUGUAGACCAGCCUUUAAGGGUAUAAGACAGCUGUACAAUGAGAACAAAAUGUCUUAACACUUUCGGCGACAAUGCUAAUCGGUCUCGUUUCGUGAUCCUUACAUGCUGAUAUGUAUGUGACUCUCGAGGAAUUCUCCCCGAUCGUUCACUACCGUUUUCGGGUGCGCGCGAUGCUGCCACGCGAGUCGCGCGUGAUCUCUCGUGGCCGUUACAAUAAUCCCAACAACAGCCAUUCUACUCGUGCCCACAGAAUGUUCGAUGUGUACACUUUUUUUGCUCCAGAGAACCGUAAAUGUCGUCCUACAACAUCAGCGAUUGACUGUAACUGAUACGGAACAAUGGAGUCGAGUUUCAUAUCGAAAAACGAGACUUCGUUUUUUCCAAGAGCGUAUCAAAUAGAUCUUUACGAAAAGGCAGUGCAAAACAACACAAUAAUCUACCUGCCAACCGGAGCGGGCAAGACAUACAUAGCUAUUUUGCUCCUGAAACACCUAAGCGGCGAUAUACGCAGAUCUUAUCUGGAUGGUGGCAAACGCAGUAUAUUCGUUGUAAACACAGUAGCACUGGUCGUACAGCAUGCAGAAUACAUAAGCAGGCACAUAGGCCUAAAUUGUAAAGGUUAUAGCGGAGACAUGGAGGUGGACUUUUGGCAGGAGCAGAGAUGGUUGGAGGAGAUAGAAAAACACGAGAUUUUGGUAAUGACGUCGCAAAUCUUUCUGGAUCUGCUUAUGCACAAAUAUAUGGAAUUAAGUAGAGUAAACUUGAUUGUGUUUGACGAGUGCCAUAGAGCUGUGUCUAACCACCCAAUGAGAUUAAUUAUGCAACAAUUUGCUAAGUGCUCUAAGGAAGACCAGCCACGUGUCUUAGCCAUGUCGGCAACAUUAUUGAAUGCUAAUAUUAAAGCAGACCAAAUUGAGCCUACAAUUAGGAAUUUAGAAAUAACAUUCCACUCAAAGAUAGCGACUGUAGAAUCGUCAGAUUGUAUCCAAGGAUACUGUACAAAUCCGAAAGAGGAUAUCGUCAGAUAUACGAAGUAUCUACUUCCAAAAGUAAUGGAAAAGGUAACUUCUAUUCUAGAGGCAGCGGCAAACAAUAUAAAAGAGAUAAAAUUUAAUUUGGAUGAGAUAUAUUGUGAAUCUAGCUCGCAAAUGCGGCCUAAAUCAAAAUCUUCCAAGUUAAUAGCUAUUUUAAAAGACAUAGAAAAGAGUACGUUACAGACAGGCAUAUACGGGGGAAGUAAGUCCGCUUUGUUACAUUUGAUCCAGCUAGAGAGCUUAAGAAAAUACUCCGAUGACCAAACGACAGAUAUUGUUCUGGAUUAUCUAAUUACGCAGAUAUUGCUAAUUAGGAAACUGUUUGAGAAUGAGAUGAAAUGUUUCACAGAAUUACAACGAUUGUACAAAUAUUCAUCCGACCAAAUCCAUAAAUUACUUGAGAUAUUGUUGAAUCAUAAUAAAGUAAGCGAAAAGUUUUGCUGCAUUAUUUUUGUCAAAGAAAGAUUUACGACACAAGUUAUAUAUCAUAUAUUAAAAAUACUGUCUGAAAAUGAUAAGCAACAAUACGGUUUUCUUGUGCCCGAUUACGUACUUGGAUUUCAGAAUAGUCCUUACAAACAUAGUAGAGAAGUUGCAUGUAUUGCAAAAUGGAACAAAGAGGUAUUGCAAAGAUUUAAAAGAGGUCCAACAAACUGCAUUGUAGCGACCGAUGUUGUUGAUGAAGGUAUCGAUAUACCAACUUGCACAUUGAUAAUACGGUAUGAUUUACCAAUGGAUUUUAGAGGAUAUGUUCAAAGUAAGGGCCGGGCACGCCACAGUUCGAGUAACUUUAUGAUUUUAAUGCCAGAAGAUAAUGAUGUUGAUUUUCUUCAGAGAUAUUAUGGGUAUAAAAAUAUAGAAUCACAGUUGAAACGGAUUUUGAUGGGACGAAGCGAACAGCGUACAUUGCCUACUCAAGAGGAUAUUGCAAACUGUCUGUAUACUGAUUUUGAAAUCGAGCCGUAUACAGUAAUACGUAAUGGUGUUGUGGAAGGUUGUCUAAUAGAGAUAUCCGCAAUCAGUUUGAUAAAUCUAUAUUGCAGUAUUCUACUGAAAUCUAAAUUCGUUACUGUGGUUCCGGUUUGGAAGAUAGAAGAAAAGAAAUCCGACGAUUCUAACACGACAUUGUAUAGGGUUUCUCUCAAAUUACCAAACUUAUCGCCAUUGAAAAGCAAAGUUGAUGGCGACUUUAUGAAAAGUAUAGACGGUGCUAAACGAUCCGCUGCUAUGAAAAGUUGCAUAAAAUUACACGAACUAGGUGCCUUGACCGACAAGUUAUUACCUGCAACUGACGACGAAAUGGUGCAAAAUUUGGGCUAUUUGUUCCCAAAUUGGGUAGACGAAGACACUUAUCAACCUGGCACAUAUAAAAGAAAGCGAGAACAUGAGUUAAAACAUCCACUCGCGUUUGAUGGCGCAUAUCCACAGCCUUCACAGCCAUUGUAUCUUCAUAUUUUUAAUUAUACCUCUUCGUAUCCUAUAACGGGCUGUGAUAACAGACGAAUAGUUUUUUACAAUUUGCUUAAUGACAAGAAUGGCUUUGGUAUUCUGUCUACAAAAAGUUUGCCAAAGAUACCCUCGUUUCCGAUUUUCAUGAAGGAUGGUAAAGUGAACAUCGAUGUAAAAUCCGACUAUGCAACGAUGAUAUUAACUGAAGAUGAGAUUGCACUGCUUAAGAAGUUUCAUUUCUUAUUGUUCAAUGAUAUUAUUCCUGUUAUUAAAAGCUUUAUGAUUUUCGAUAACGACAAUCAUGAAAAUUCCUUCUUAAUUGUUCCCUUGAAUGACAUGCAGGAGAUAAAUUGGGACGCUGUUAAAAUAUAUCAAGACAUAUCAAGCUUAGAACGAAUUAUGCCCUGUCAGCCUUUUCACUUUAAGACUAGCGAUUACGAAUUAGCACUAGUUACUCCGAUGUAUAGAAGCUCAGCGGUCUAUGUAGUUACGCGAGUGUGCGACGAUCUCACACCUGAAUCAUGUUUCCCGAAUGAAGACUUUGACACAUAUACGCAUUAUUAUAAAGAAAGGCACGGACUGACUAUAGAAAAUCUGCAGCAAUUUAUGUUGGAGGUGAAACCAUUACCAAUAAAAAUUAACUACAUAAAACCAAGAAAAAUGCCCGAGGGUCCGUUGAAGUAUAAGAAAUCAGAUGACUCAUUAGAGGAUCUUCAGGAACAUCUAGUUCCAGAAUUAUGUUGGAGGACAAAUUUCUCUGCUGUGUACUGGUUAAAAGCGACCACGUUGCCUUCCAUCCUUCACAGAAUUUGUCAAUACUUAAUUGCAGAAGACUUGAGAGUAACCAUUACAAGAGAGACUGGGUUAGGAACGUUAAUACUAAAGGAAUUACCGCCCUUAGAAUUAGAAGAGGAUGUCGAUAAGUUGAAUGAAGAGGAUUAUAGUAAUGGACUGGAACUCGAUGAUUCGAUUGAGAAAAUGCAAUCCAAUCAAACAUGUUCAGAUGUAAAUAUGUUCGAAUUAGAUUGUAAUCCUUUCUUAAGAGAUCAGGAACCUCGGGACUUAUAUCGUAAUAUAGAGCGCAUUCAAAUGAUCGAUAUUCAAUAUUAUAAUCAAUUUAUGUCUGCAAGUAAUGAAGAUGAAAACUUUGAGAGUAUUACAAAUAAAAAAAUCGGUUGCUACAUGAAAAAGUCAACGGUAUCAGUACCGCCAUUGAAUAUCUUAGCGUCUUCCGAUAAACAGUUUUCCUUACAAGGUCCUAAUUCAACAGACAUCAUGCAUGCGUUGACCACCAAACUGGGCCUAGAUAUGUUCAAUCUGGAGCGGUUGGAAACUUUAGGCGAUUCCUACCUGAAGUUCAUUAUAUCGCUAUUUUUAUAUGACACAUUCCCGAUGUUCGGUGAGGGUCAAUUGACGUCGUUGAAAGGAAAGAUUGUCGGCAAUCGAAAUCUCUAUUAUUGCGGCAAUAAAAAGGGUAUUUCCGGGCGUAUAAAGAACGAUGCGUUUGUUCCCACAAGCAAUUUUAUCCCGCCCGCGUUCACUGUGCUACGCAGCUUGCAAAAGCAAUUACUGAACGAAUCGGUGGCGCCAAAUGUAUUGUACGAAUUUCAAAUACCAGAAGAGGAGAGGUUCACCGGAAAUCUAAGCGAAGAUACGGUAAAUACGAUGGAGCACACGGUAAGAAAUUGGGACAAGGGUGAUAAGCAAACUGGUGUCGAACAUUAUCUCGGUGUACAAAUCUUAUCCGACAAAACCGUUGCCGAUUCGGUGGAAGCGCUGAUUGGCGUUUGUCUCAGGAGUAACGGUAUAAAAGGCGCCGCAAAGCUGCUCAAGUGGUUCGGUAUACUGCCUGCUGAUGCCAAGAUUGACAAUAUAUUGGAUGAUAAUCCACCUAAUCCUGUAAUUGGUAGUGGCGAUCCGAACCGUUACAUGCCGUGGGCUGAUACUAUAGAGGCCAAGUUCGGCUAUAAAUUUAAGAAUCGAGCAUUUCUGUUACAGGCGUUCACGCAUCCAUCCUAUACACCGAAUAUGAUAACCGAGUGUUAUCAAAGAUUAGAAUUUCUCGGAGAUGCUAUCCUUGAUUUUUUGAUAACGUGUUACAUUUACGAAAAUUGUGGCAACUUAAGUCCUGGUGAUCUUACCGAUCUGAGAUCUGCGCUCGUUAAUAAUAUAACAUUCGCUUGCUUGGCGGUACGGUAUGGUUUGCAUACCGCUUUAUUGGCUUACGCUCCAAAAUUGCACGAAAUAAUUGAUCGUUUUGUAAAAUUCCAAGAAGCCCGAGACUUCCAGGUUAAUGACGAGCUGCUGUACGUGUUGAUUGAAGAAGACGAAUGUAAUUUGUCGGAAUAUAUUGACGUCCCAAAAGUCCUUGGUGAUAUAUUCGAAUCUUUAAUCGGUGGUAUUUAUCUUGAUAGUGGCAAGAAUCUUACGAAAGUCUGGGAAAUUAUCUAUUCUUUUAUGCACAAAGAAAUUGACGAGUUUAGCAAAAAUAUUCCUAAGCAGCCAGUACGAGUAAUAUACGAAAAUACAGAUAUACGUCCCAAGUUCCUAGACUCAACAACCAUUACAGAAACUGGCACGGUUAUGGUACCUUUAAAAAUCACCAUUGCUGGUAAAGAGACACUCUUCCAUGGUUUCGGUGUUAAUAAGAAGCAGGCUAAAUGCGCAGCCGCAAAACAAGCAUUAAAAAGACUGCAACUCGAGAAAUAAGUUUUUCUACAAAUGAAUUGUUUCAUAUAAUGUUUAUGUGUAUAUUUACAAAUGUUAAUGUUUAUAGAUUUAUGAACAUCGAAACUGUUAUUAUUUCUUUACAGGUUUUGUAAUACAGUAAGAACUUGGUAUUUAAGUCCAGAUUUCGAUACAUCAGAUUGGUGCAAAAAGUGCUUAGUUUUAAAGGGAAAGCCUAACAUAAAACGCUCAAAAUAAUGGAAUUUUCAAGAAUUUUUAAAGAAUGUUUAUUCAAUCAUUUAAAAAACUGUUAAAUUCAGUUCUUUUAUCUAAAUAUUAAAGUAUAAAAAAUAUUUUUAUACCUUAAUCUUUAAAUAAAAGCACUGCACUUUGUAGAAUGAUUGACUAAAUAAAAUUCUUUAAAAUUCCCAAAAAUUCGAUUAUUCUCAGCGUUCUACACUAGGAUCCCUCUUGAAUAGAAACAUCGAUAAAAACUGAUUUAUAAAAUUUGUACAUUUUCUUAUAUCUAACUUUUGAACAUAAAACAAUGAACCAAGUAUUUUGAAUUUUUCUUGAAUGUACAUAUUUUGUUUACAACUAAUUAAAUUUCGUUUUUAUACACGUAGGGUGCAUUUCAAAAUGUGCUCGUACUGUGGUAUUGAAAAUACACACAUAAAUUACACAUAAAUUAUAUAUUUUCUAGAGUCGCUAGUAUCUUUCGCGAAAUGCCCUUACAAUAUUAUUGCAAUAUUAACCCAAAUUUCUCCAAAAAAGUAUCCGUUUUUUCA